CAGGCCUCAGCUGUGGACUCAUCCUCCUCUCCGGUGGCUCUAUUGGCGCUGGCCCCACAAGGGUGGGCUCCAUUGGCUGUCCAGCUGGUAGUGACGUCCCUUGGAGCCUGGUGGCAGCUGGAGGUAAACAACCAUGUGCUAGCCUCCACUCUAUAUUUAAACAGCGGCUGCGGAGAAAGCAGGGAGGCCGGCCACGGUGGUGGCCCUUGUCUUCAGGAAGAAAGGCCUUCUCAGGGUGAGUGAGGUCACCAUGCCAGCUUCCCAGAGCCGAGCCCGUGCCCGGGACCGUAACAAUGUCCUCAAUCGGGCUGAGUUCUUAUCUCUGAACCAGCCCCCCAAGGGGACCCCAGAGUCCCGCAGCUCCAGCAGGAAGGCCUCAGGGCCCUCCACACAGCCCCCACCCACAGGUGAUGGGGCCCGGGAGCGACGCCAGUCCCAGCAGCUGCCAGAGGAGGACUGCAUGCAGCUGAAUCCCUCCUUCAAGGGCAUCGCCUUCAACUCCCUACUGGCCAUCGACAUCUGCAUGUCCAAGCGUCUGGGGGUGUGCGCCGGCCGGGCCACCUCCUGGGCCAGUGCCCGCUCCAUGAUCAAGCUCAUCGGCAUCACGGGCCAUGGCAUCCCCUGGAUCGGGGGUACCAUUCUCUGCCUGGUUAAGAGCAGCACGCUGGCUGGCCAGGAGGUGCUCAUGAACCUUCUCCUAGCCCUGCUCCUGGACAUCAUGACGGUGGCCGGAGUGCAGAAGCUCAUCAAGAGACGUGGCCCGUACGAGACGAGCCCCGGGAUGCUGGACUACCUCACCAUGGACAUCUACGCCUUUCCUGCUGGCCAUGCCAGCCGCGCUGCCAUGGUAUCCAAGUUCUUCCUGAGCCACCUGGUGCUGGCAGUGCCCUUGCGCAUACUGCUGGUGCUCUGGGCCUUCUGCGUGGGCCUGUCGCGUGUGAUGAUCGGACGUCACCACAUCACGGACGUCAUCUCCGGCUUCAUCAUAGGCUACUUCCAGUUCCGCCUGGUGGAGCUCAUGUGGAUGUCCUCCAACACCUGCCAGAUGCUAAUCUCUGCCUGGUGAGCUGCCACUUAACAAGUGCCCAGAGAGGGGCAGGAAGGGACGGACUUGAAUGUGCGAUCACACCUUGAGUCAGUGCCCCGGUCUCAGGCAGAGGCUAGUGAGCCUCAACAGUCCCUUCACUUGGCCCCUGGGCAUUCUCUGAGGCCACCAAGCCUACCCAUGGGGGUAGUCCUACUUGGCCUCCAUCUCCAGAGAUAAUGGGUGAAAAGAGAUGGUGGAGACUUCUCUGGUCCCUUUAUUAUCAUGACUGUUGUACUCUGGACUGUGCCCACCACACUUCAGUACUGAUGCCUAACAAAAUACUACCACCUCCCACACCACACAGGAGCCAUUGCCACCAAGAAUUACCAGUAGCUUAGAGCAGCACUUUCCAAAGGGUCCCCAUGGGACUCCAGCCUGCAAGAUGCUUCCUGGUGAGAAGGGAGAAAAAAAAAAAGGCUUUUGCGGUCCAACACAUUUGGGAUGUGCUGCACACUGCAUUCUGGAACAUUCACAAGGGCUCUGACUGCUGCAAAGGCUCUGGCAAGGCCUGUAGAAUAGUUGGCUUAACUGGUUUAACUUCAUAUUUCUUAAACUUAUUCAACCACAGGACCUUUUUCUCUGAGGAAUAGCUAUUAACUCGCCAAGAACCUCGGGGAUUUGGGGAGCUGCUGCCUUGGAGCCAAAGGGCCUGGGGCAUGAGCUGGCUUCUCCCAACACCCGGUCUGGGAACCUGGGAAGAGCAGGCACCCGUACCACACGCCACAGAAGGCAAGAAGGUGCCAGCCAUAGCUGUGGGCGUUGGUGCGGGUUUGGCCCCCAGGGGCCGGACUUUGUGUGACCUAAUAGGUCGUUUCCAAAUCAACCAUUUUUGGAUAUGCAUUUCAUGUGACAAUACAGUGAUAUGCAAAGGGA